UAAUUUGAUUCUUCUUUCUCCUCUUUUCAACACUGAUAUUACGAGUCCCCGUUCCCUUGUUGUGCAUGACACUGCCUUUCCCAAGAAUGGCACUUUGCUCUUUUCUCCUGGGACAUUUCCCUUCCCUGUUUCUACCAGCUCCCCGAUGUGUCCUGCUGCCCCCACAGCGAAGAGAAGAAAAAUUGCACAUCUCUGCAUUAUAUUCAAAAAAUUUUACUCUUGGUCUAUUCCUUCUCAAAAGGGAAACAAUAUGUUACAAAAAGUACAGAUGUUUUCAGGGUGUAAGGGGGAAACGCCAUUCCCAGCACACCAACAAAACUGUGUAUAUGCUCAUAAUAUGAGGAAAUUCUUCUAGAUCCAGACAGCCAGGGAGCCCAAAGCUUCAUUGCAUGCUUCAAAGUCUCCUUUUUCACUCCAGUUCCCUAACCAUUUUCAGGGGUUACAGCCUCAUUCCAUGGCCCACCGCCUCAUUUUUAAGCCACGACCCUCCAUGCUGAGGGUUCAAAGCUUCAUUUGAAAAAUGCUGAGUCUCACUUCAGGGUCCAAAACCUCAGUCUUAAAACCUCGAGAGUCAUUUCAGGAUUCAAAGUGUCCUCUUUCAGUCCAGAUCCCCAUUUGGAGGAUGAGCACUGAGGGGCACUUAGCUUAGCCAGUGGGAAAAGGGGAGGCUCAGUGCAUGCUCAGAGGAGACCAGGGGAUCCACAUGAGCAGCUGAAGGGCAGUAGAGAAGACAUAAGCACUGGGCUAGGAAAUGCAGAAGGGGGAGCAUGCAACAAGGAGAGAGAUGAGCUUGCAUACGGGAAGUGGAAGGCAUGUGAGCAUAUUGGGAGGGAGCAGAGGCUAUGCAAGCAGUUCUAGGAGGGAGCAGAAAGGAUGUAACCAUGCCUGGAAGGGAUGCGUAAGGGACUCCAACCAUCCCUAAAGGGGAAAGGGAGGAUGCUGGAAUGCUGUGGAAAGGACUGAAGGGGAUGUGCCUGUGAACUAAGGGAAUAAGGGCGACUCGGUGCUUGGAGCCAGGGUAGUAGAGAAGGCAUGAAGACACACCGCAGGGAACGGAGGGGCUCUGUGUGACGGCAAUGCAAGAGAUUUGGAGUAGCAAACGUAGGCAUUCUGUACUACUGUAGAUAUGCAAGGGGUUGCUUCCUUCAGCCACGUUGCCCCAGUAAAUACAUACAUUUUAUGAACACACAUGCCCUUCCCUCUGCUCCAAGGGCCUUACAAAGGGAACAUUGGUACUGCUAGCCCUGGCAACCGGCAAUUGACAUCACCAAGAAUCACUAAACCCUUUGUGAUGUCAUAAAGCACUCAGCAGAACUGGGGCCCCACAAGCACAGCCCCCACAAGCAGUGUCUGCAGGUGCAGGUGCUGGUUGCUUGUGCUGGUGCUUGUGCUGGUAUUGGUACUGGCAGUGUUGGCACUGGUGGCAGUGGUGCUGGUGGUAGUGCCCAAUCCUGACGGAUCAUGGAGAAAAUCCGGAAGUUUUUCGGGAGAUUGAGAAAGACACGGAGAAGGUGCAGCGUUUGUGUGCACCCUACGGACUGCACAGAGCAGGAAAGCCAAGGAGAAGGCCCUUUGGAAUAUGAAGUCAAGCAGGCAGAGGGCAGCGCAGAUGGAGUAGCAGAGGCAAAAUCUGCCCCGCUCCAUCUCUCCAACACAGAUGGAGUGGCAGCGGCAACUUCUGCCCCACUCAGUCUCUCCAACAUAGAUGGAGUAGCAGUGCAAACUUCUGCCCUGCUCGGUCUCACUGAGGCCUUUGAAAGUCAAUCAAGCUCAGCAAACAAUAAAAAGCAGGGAUUUAAGAGAGAACUUGAGCCCUCCUGUGUAGAAAGCCUCCCUGGGAAAAUCCCUGAGUUGAAAAAGAGCAACAAGACCUUGCCUCAGCAGCAGAAGAAAUCCCAUAGGAGAGCUCACAGGCGAAAGAGACAACUGGAGCAAUGGGAAGGAAUGCUCAAGGAAAAGACAUUGCUUUUAGAAGCAACAGAAAAAGCACUUUUCCAGGCCCAGAGGCAGGCAAAGGAAUGUUGUGCUUCAUACCUUGCAAAAGGUGAACCAAGAAAAGAAACUGCAGAGUGGGAAGUUCUGCAGGAACAAGUGGCCCAGCUCCAACGUGAAAACCUUUCACUGCGUCAGCAGCUGGAAGAUGUGCAAAAGACCAACGAGAGAAAAGUCAGACAGCUGCAACAAGAACUUGCUGAGGCUGUUGGAAAGCAGCAGAUCACAGAAGCAUCCCUGAAAACUUCUGCCGAAUUAAGUGACUCACUGAAGAAAGAAAACUCCAAAUUGCAAGAGGAUCUGCACAAGGCUAAUGCCAAGGUGCGUGACCUUUAUGCGCAGCUGGAGUUGGAGCACUCAAAGUUGCUGCAGCAAAAAAGGACAAAUGAGGAGCUGCGAGUGAAGGAGGCUGUUCUCAAGCAGCGCUUAGAGGCUGUGGCGGAGGAUUAUAAAAUAUCAGCGUGGAUUGAAAAGAAGCGUAAAGAAAAAAUGCAGGAGAAACUUGCCAACAGUUUCAGAAAGCAGUCGGCUUCAGAGACAUCUCUGAAGCGUUCUGAAGAUUACUGCCGUUACCUGGAGAACGACAUCUUGAUGCUGAAGGAAAGCUUGGACAAGGCUAAUAUCAAGGUGUUUGAACUGACCGUACAGCUGGAGGUGGAACGGGAAACCUCGCUGCAGCUAGAAAUGAAAAAUCGGGCGCUGCAAGACCUGGUCCACCAACAUCGCCCACAGGCCACUGCAGCGGGCUGCAGCCCAUUCUCACAGAAUGGAAGGUGGCACGAAGAAAGUGCCCCAGAAGAAAUGGGGCCGAAGCGAGAGCCCAGCCUCUUUUUCUGGUAAAUUGAUGCGCCAUUUCUAUCUGUAUCCACACCGUGUUGAUUUGUUGCUGUGCUCAUUGCUUUUAGGAAUUUUCUGCUAGACAUUUAGUUCUUAUUGUUAGUGCAGUGCCUCUGGCUUCCUUGCAGGGAAGCUGGAGAGCUGAAGAGGGAUGUGUGAAAGUGCCUCUGUGUGUGUGUCGUGUGAUCUUGGUGCAUAAGAAAUAGGUAGCCUUUUCCUCAUCCCCUUCCUUAUAGAGUUGGAGGUGGCUCAAUACUAGCUUUCACGUAAAAACAGCAGAAAGAGCAGGUACAUUUCUUUCUGAGAUAAAAAUAAUGGAAAGACAUUUAGUCAUUUCUGACUUCUUUCCUGAGUAUUGAUGGUAGGAAGGAAGCAUGGCUCCUUCAUUGAGCAGGGCUAUCUUGUUUCCAUUGGGUAUGGGAACUGGCUGCAAGGAGACAUGGAUGUGGCACUGUCUGCCUCUUCCUGUUUCUUCAAGUUGCAUUGCCUUCUUCCGAUGCAGGCAGCCUCUCAAAGCAGGCUAGAGGAGAUCAAUGCCGAAGAAGAAACGUUUAGAAAGCAACAGAGGCAGAGAAUUGCAGCUCUGACAUCAGAAAUGGAGAGAGACCAAAGCAUGCAUCAGGAGAGCUUGCGGCAAAUAGCACACUGGCAAGCAGAGCUAGACCUGUCAGAAAAACUGUUCCUGCUGGGUGAGGACAUUAGAAGAAGCCUUGCAAAUAAAUAAGACAAGCACUGGUGAACGUGAAGUCAGGCUUGCUGGGACCUCUCCUCAGAACACUCAAGAAGGAUCUUCCACAAAAAAUGAAUGAAGUCUGGGAUGCCACAGUCAUACAAUAAUGCUUUAAGCAAAACUUUUAAAAAUGAAAUAAAUACAUAACACCUCAACAUAGAAAACUCUAUUGCUGUAUAAGAAAACACAGUGAAAAUCUAGUGUAGACUUUCAGCCUAAGUUUUUGACCAUUUCUAAUUGUAACAAUCAGAAAGAUAAAUACAAUGGAAAGGUGAUACAAGAGGUGUAAUAGCAGAGGGACUAACACAAUAGAAAUGUGUUAUAAGGGAAGAAAAGAGGACUGCUCAUCUGUCUCCAAGGAUUUAGGCUCACAGGGGAAAAUUCCACAAGGGAGCAAUCUCCAGAAAAAGAUCCUUCCCCAAGGGUCAGUC